AUGCCGGUAGCACAUAGCACCUAUUUACCGGUAGCGGGUAAUCGUCGCCAGGAUAUGCUUCGCUGCGCUUUUGCUGGUUUGUCACGUGAUGCAUCGGUGGUACGUCGAACAUUCCCAAAAAUUAAUAACAGUACUGUGGACGUAAAGGGAUUAGCGAAUAAUUAG